GUUCGUCACCGACGCCACCGUCUCGCUGUUCGUUGCCGUUUUGCUGUUCGUUCUUCCGUCCGAGCCGCCGCGGUACCUCUGCUUCUGGAGGAGCUCCGACUCCGAGUCCCAGGUGUCCAGAGGCCCCGCCCCUCCUCUGCUCACCUGGCAGGUGACCCAGAAGAAGAUGCCGUGGAACAUCGUGCUGCUGCUGGGAGGAGGCUUCGCUCUGGCCAAAGGCAGCGAGGAGUCGGGUUUGUCCCGCUGGCUCGGCGCUCAGAUGACGCCGCUGCACUCCGUCCCUCCGUGGGCCAUCGCCGUCAUCCUCUGCCUCCUCAUCGCCACCUUCACCGAGUGCGCCAGCAACGUCGCCACGGCAACGCUCUUCCUGCCCAUCCUGGCCUCCAUGUCGCAGUCGAUCAGCAUGAACCCGCUCUACGUGAUGAUCCCCUGCACGCUCAGCGCCUCCUUCGCCUUCAUGCUGCCGGUGGCCACGCCCCCCAACGCCAUCGUCUUCUCCUACGGCGUCCUCAAGGUGUCCGACAUGGCUAAAACCGGCAUCGUCAUGAACAUCAUCGGAAUCGGCUGCAUCAGUUUGGCCAUCAACAGUUGGGGUCGCGCCAUGUUUGCUCUGGACACGUUCCCGUCGUGGGCCAACGCCACGGCGCCGAUGUGACUUCCUGCCUCGCUGUU